AUGCAGGAGAGUUUCGAGGUUACCUCAAGGAAACCCCACUGCCUCGGAACGAGGCUAGUCCACUGGCUUGGUCGCACUGUUUCGGAAACCGAAGCUGACCCGCAGCAGGUUUCGAUAAUAGUCUUCCCCCUACCGUCGCGAGCGCCUUCCCCCACCUUCACGCAUCGCCGCUCAUCGCCCACGAUCUCUCCCACCGUCGCCCACGAUUUCUCCCACCGCCGCCCACGAUUUCUCCCACCGCCGCCCACACUUCCCCCCACCGUCGCCCACGCUUUCCCCCACCGUCGCCCGCGCUUCCCCUCCCAUCGCCCUCCCUGUCGCCUGGAAAUUUCCCUUACCGCCGACCUCCCUUCCCUCGCGCCUCUCUCCACGUCGCCAUCACUCCCUUGCCUAUCACGUUCCCCCUCUUCUCCGCACGCAUGGCAGGUGCUGCUGCGGCUUUGGAGCAGAGUGCUGGGCGCACAGCUGGGGCAGCGCGUGCAGGCGGGCAGCAAGGAGCGCAAUGCUGCAGGGGGCGGGGCAGGGGAGCGGGGGGAGGCGGGGCAAGGGAGCGGGGGAGGCUGGGCAGGGGAGCGGGGGAGGCUGGGCAGGGGAGUGGGGGAGGCGGGGCAGGGGAGCGGGGGAGGCGGGGCAGGGGAGCGGGGGAGGCGGGGCAAGGGAGCGGGGGAGGCAGGGCAGGGGAGCGGGGGAGGCGGGGCAGGGGAGCGGGGGAGGCGGGGCAGGGGAGCGGGGGAGGCGGGGCAGGGGAGCGGGGGAGGCGGGGCAGGGGAGCGGGGGAGGCGGGGGGUAGAGAGAGAGGGUGCAGGGAUCCUCCUAUCCCCCGUUCCACCCUUAUACCUUGCCGCACUUUUACCUCUUACCCUCCUCCCUUACUCCGUUCCUUCGUUCCCCCAGUCGUCGUCCUCUCCCUCUCUCUUCCUCCCUUCCUCCAUCUCUCCCACACUCUCAGCCUCACUACCCUCUUUCCCCUCUCUGUCGCCCGUCCUCCCUCCCUCCCUUCCUUCCGUUCGCCCUUCCUACCAUUCUCACAUUUCUUUCAUCCUCCCUCGAUCCAGACCCCUUCCUCUUUCCAUCUCCCGCUCUCCUACUCUCUUCCUCACUCCAACCCUGCGUGUCAGUUUCACCCUUUUACCUUCCCCAUUGUACCCGGUCACACUCUUUCCUCCCUCCUUCGUCCCUCUCUUUCUCCCUCUUUCCCCCUUCGCUUUCUCCCAUCCACCCUUCCUCUCAUCCCCAUGUCCUCUCAUCCCCAUGUCCUCUCAUCCCCAUGUCCUCUCAUCCCCAUGUCCUCUCAUCCGCCCUUUCUCUCAUCCGCCCGGCAUCCUCCCUUCCUCCCUUUCAUCCUCCCUUCCUCCCACCCAAUAUCGUCCCCUCCUACUUCCCCUUCCUUUCUUCAUCUAUUUCUCUCCCCCCAAUCCUCUGCCUCAGUUCCUUUCCCCGCUCUCUCCCCCCUUUCCACCCACGCUUCAUAUCACCCCCCUUUCUUCCCUUCCUCCGUGUCUCCCUAGCUCAUGUUCUCCGUGCAUGGAUGGUUCCCUGCCUUCUUGCCUUUCCAUUGUCGUCGUUUCAUAUCCAACCCCGCUGCUUCCAACUUUGACACAUCAGAGUUCGUGGUUCGUGUUUGUGCAGGUCUGGUAUACAUCCUGUUGUGUUGUGUUUGCUGUUAGCUACGUCAUAUACUGA